AUGAGCAGUAUCACCAAGUUUGACACUUCACACGAGGACAUUAUCCACGACAUUGCCUACGACUUUUACGGCAAACGACUUGUGACAUGUUCGUCCGAUCAACGAUUGAAAGUAUGGGACUUUGUGGAACGAGACGAUGCCGCUGUUUGGGAAUUGAACGACUCUUGGAAAGCACACGACUCGUCUAUCCUUAAGGCUAUUUGGGCACAUCCCGAAUAUGGGCAGGUUAUUGCAAGCUGUUCACUCGAUCGGCUCGUUAAGAUAUGGGAGGAGCAGCCUAUUGAACCAAAAAUGAGUCAAAAACGUUGGGCUGAACGCUUUCGUUUGGUGGAAUCUCGUGGUGCUGUAUUGGAUAUCGCAUUUUCACCUAUUGCUGGAGCAUUACGUUUGGCAACAUGUUCAGCAGAUGGUAUCGUACGUAUCUAUGAAGCAUUGGAGCCUACCAAUCUUACACAAUGGUCGCAAAUGGAGGAAUUUGAGAUUGCCUUGCGGGAUAAUGAUCAACCAUUACCACCCCAUCCACCUUUACCAGAACCACCCACAUCAGCACCACAAAACACAAACAGCACAAGCUCUAGCAGCUCUUCAAUCGCUAGCCAUGGUUUAUCCAAUACAGAAGGAGCUACGGGUCCCUUUCCUGUAAUGACACCCACCGCCAACCCCGUCAACCCUGCCGUGCAGAAUAUUUCACCUUCAUCACAAGGCACUAUUCCUACCACAACAGUACCCCCUUCAGCCAACGUGUUACAUGGUCCUGGUGAUGCUGAUAGCGGCUAUUGUAUCGAUUGGUGUCCUAAUCGUACCACAACAGCAAUGAUGGUUGUAGGCCUUGGCAAAGAAAUCGGUGCAAGGAUUUUUAGACAUGAUGGUCAUAGCCGAUGGUAUCCAGGCGAAUUUCUACCAGGACAUGAGCAAGAAGUACAUGAUGUGAGCUGGGCCCCUAGCAUGGCAAGAUCAUAUCAAUUGAUUGCAACGGCAAGCAAGGAUCAUUAUGUGCGCAUCUUCAAAUUGACAGAGCCUCAAAAUAAUGCCUCAUCGACACCCCGUUAUGGUCAAUUCUCGCCUGCAGCCACCGCUAAGCAAAGGAAUAGUCAACGUCAUAUGCAAAUUGAAUUGGUUGCUGCAUUCAAUGAUCAUCAUGCGGAGGUUUGGCGUGUGGAAUGGAAUAUCACAGGCACGAUCCUAUCCUCUUCAGGUGAUGAUGGCAAACUUCGUCUUUGGAAAGCAGGGUCGGAUGGUGUAUGGAGACAAAUGGCUGCCAUUUCUGCUAAUCAUCACCCAACAUCGCUAUCAUGA